UCAAUCAUUGGGCAAUUCAUCAACCCAACAAGAGUUCUAUCCCCUUUUACACCUACUUCCCUUUCCUAUAGCCCCCAAUUAAUUAGUCUUCAUCACCUCAGGAUUUCAUAUGAAGUUCUAAAAUGAUUUGAAGAAGACUAAGUCAUGGCUCGUAGGAAAACCUUGAUGAAGAAGUUGCAUGAAAGGCUAACCCUGAGCCAUGUCUUUCAGCUAAAGACAUGCCUCCAGGAAAGGCCAUGUUCAUGCUUGUUUGACCGUUCACCAAAUUCCUCCGUUCAAAUUUACGACGAUUCAUCAUGUUUCUUGAAACGUGCAUUGAGUAAUUCGGCACGGGAUCAUGAAAACCUAACCAUGAGCUACUUCUUUCAGCAAAUGGAACGCAUCCAGGAAAGGUCAACCUUAAGUUUGUUUGCCUGUUCACCAAAUACUGGCGUUCAAAUUCGGGAACUACAAAUUCGAGAGGAUUCAUCAUAUAAUAAUUUCUCGAAGCCUUUAUCGAAUGAUGCUGGGAAUGAAAAACGUCAGUCAUGCUUGCCCCAUUCAAUUGCAAAAAGUUAUGAUCUUGAGCAACUGGAUGGGCUGCUGGUGUUGCAUAGAAGGGCACUGCAGCUGCUGCUGAGCGAGUAUUUGGAAAGCCAUGAUAGGGAACAUAUGGCGUUAGCUGACUGCUUUGUGCAAGACUAUUCCAGCUUGUGCUAUCCUGGUAAGGGGCAAUGUUUGGCUCAAAAUGCCAUUCUUGCAACCUUCAACCCCUCAGUCCAUGGUCAAUUAUCACGGAAUGCAACCGAUCCCUGCGCCAAAACUGACAUAUUGGAUUUAAAACAAGCGGUUCCAUUUGCGGAUUAGGAGCUUCCAUCUGCUGAAUAAAGUUGGCAUUGCUAGGACUGGCCCCAUUGUUGAAGUUGUAGUUUCUCGGAAGGAAUUGGAGCUGAUGCUGUCUUGCUGCAUUUUUUCCAAGAAGAAACGACCUGAAACAAUGAACUGUAUUAGUACUAGCAAUGAAACUGUAUUAGUACU